CAGUGAUCAUCGCCCGUCGUAUUAUAGAAAUCACGCUCAGCCGAAAUCAGACACGCACACCAGUGCACCCGAUCCGUGAUCUCCGUUGCCUUCAUCAGGCAACAAGCACUCAGUGCUCAGCGGUGGCGAGUCAAUGAAUGCCACAUUGUUCCGUGGAAAAGGUUCCUUUGAAACCUUCUAUCAGAAGGGGAAAACAAAAGAACUUCCGCAACAAAUCAGCUUAUCGAUGUGGCAAUUUGGCCUUGCCUCGCGUUGAUUCAUGACUACGGACGAAGUUUCGAAGCAUAAGCGUCCGGACGUAAACUUCUGUGCUCCUCGUCAUGGCAGUACAUAUCAGUGCAGAGCUUUGCAUCAGGAGAGUGGGGCCGGUUCAGCUUCUGUGAGUUCAUGGGCGGACACGCGUUCGAAGGUUUAUGAGUAUAUUUGUACUUCUAUUAUGCUUCUUUUCGAAAUGGGCGGGUGUUCCUGCAUCCUGGUCCAUGCGCCUGUACACACUUACGCCAUUCCCGAGUUCUUUCCUAGGUGUCCUGACUCAUGCACGCGGCAACGUGACGAAUCGUCUUCCGCCCUUUCCCGUUAUUUGAUAGUCGCUCGAUCGGGACAUUUCGUGGCAAAUUUGAGGAAGUUUCGAAAUAUUUCCCUGACCAGGCAACCGAGCGUAAAGCCCAUCUGCAUCAGUUUCCCUGGACCGCUCCACCUUGCCCACCCUUGUCACGGCACUGCCCCCUUCUAUAUCCUUUGUAACACCUGCAUGGGUGUUCUCUUGUCCUGCAUCUCCAGACUCGUGCUGAUUGUUACUAAAUUAUCAGCGUCGGCUGAUCGUAGAAAUCACCCACAGCGACGCCUUCCAUGACCAGCCGGCUUGCGCUCUGUAAAUCGCCCAAUGGAAUCUAACUGCAUCAGUUUCCCUGGGCCGCUCCACCUUGCCCACCCCCU